CCUAAACAACGCACAGAGAUCUAUUCCAUUUUUACAACGAAAACUCUAAGUUGUCCCUUUCCAUCUCACACAACUCUGUAAUGGCUUUUUUGUGGUUCUAUAUUGCUGUUUUGUCUGGGACUAUUUUUUCAGCUCAAUUCUCUGUUUCCGAGCAAGCGUAUUCAGCCGGUGAGAGACAAAUGGAGGACGAUAAAGUGACAGAUUUACCUGGACAACCAGUAGUAAACUUCAAUCACUAUGCUGGUUACGUGAAGUUAAGACGACAAGAAAAGAAAGCACUGUUUUACUGGUUCUUCGAAGCUCAAGAGGCUUCAUCGCAUAAACCUCUCGUGCUUUGGCUAACUGGAGGACCUGGUUGUUCGUCUGUUGCUUUUGGAGCAGCACAAGAGAUUGGUCCAUUUCGUGUAGAUGACCAUCAGCGUAUUACCAUCAACAAAUUCUCCUGGAAUAGAGUUGCCAAUAUCAUAUUCUUGGAAUCACCUAUUAGUGUGGGUUUUUCUUACACUAAUAAUUCCGAUGACUUAAGCAAGCUCGGUGAUCAAGUGGUUGCUCUUGAUAACUAUGCCUUCUUGCUUGGUUGGUUUAAGAGAUUUCCAAGAUUCAAAUCCCAUGAAUUUUAUAUCAUAGGAGAGAGCUAUGGAGGACAUUAUGCUCCACAGUUGGCUGAGGUUAUACAUGAAGGGAACAAAAAUGGCCCUUACAUAAAUCUUAAGGGAUUCAUGAUGGGAAACCCUGUGAUUAACGAUGUGACAGACUUGAAAGGCAUAUUUGAUUUUGCUUUCUAUCAUGCGAUAAUUUCAAAGCAAGUGUAUGAUGGCAUAAGAGAGAAAUGUGAUUUCAUGACAAAAAACAAUACAAAGGAAUGUAGUUGGAUCGUGGCCAAAUUCGUAAAGGCCUAUUCUGACAUAGAUGUAUUUAGUAUUUACUCUCCUAUUUGUCUGUUGGACUAUGAAAGACCAGUUUCAAGUAUGUUUGAUGGUAUCCCGUAUACUGUCUCAGAAUUUGACCUCCGGAAUAUGAUUCCGACAAUGGCUUACGAUCCAUGUAAAGCUAACGACGUGGAGAAGUAUUUCAACAGGAAGGAUGUCCAGAAGGCCAUUCAUGCAUACCUCCCUGACAUGUUUGAUCCCUACACGAUAUGCAGCACUAAAAUUAAAAAAUGGAAUGAUUCACCAAGCACAGUUCUUCCAGUGAUUCAGAAACUACUACAUGCUGGUUUACGCAUUUGGAUGUACAGUGGAGACAGUGAUGGUAGAGUUCCAUGGUUAUCAACGAGAUACAGUUUGGAAGAGCUGAAAGUGAAUGUGACAAGAGAAUGGAGAGCUUGGUUUGAAGGAAGAGAAGUUGGAGGAUGGGUAGAGGAGUACGAGGGUGGUCUCACUUUUGCCUCCAUUAGAGGUGCUGGUCAUCAAGCUCCAAUUUAUAAACCACGAGAAGCUCUUUCUCUCUUCUACCAUUUCCUUUCUGGUCAAUCGCUUCCUUCUUCUACCUUCUGAUUCAUUCCAUUUGUAAAUUGUCAUCUUUUUACAUUUAUUCACAUCCAAGAGAAAUUGUCA